AGGGACAGGAGUCGAGGCUGAGCUCCAGAGAAUGUGGAUGGUGCUAGGCGAGGAGAAGACUCAAGGUGGACAUCCAGCCGGGAAUGCCUGCAGAGUGAACCCCAAGGAGAAGACUUUGGUUCCUGUGUCUGCACAGGAGAGUUGGGAAGAGCUCCAUCGUGCAACCCAGAAUGGCAACGUCCGCCUGGUGAAGCAGCUUUUACAACAAGGAGCCGGGACCGAGUGCAGGGACGCGAAUGGGUGGACUCCAUUGCAUUUGGCUUCCUUGAAUGGCUAUUCCGCUUUGGUCAGAUUCCUCAUCCAGCGUGGUGCAGUGGUCCAUGCCCGCACCGAGGCUUCCUACACGCCGUUGCACCAUGCCGCUUGGAGCAGCCAUACCCAAGUGGCGGAGUUCCUCCUCGCUCGGGGCACGCCGGUGAACGUGGCGACCGAAGGACGUCUGACCCCGCUGCACUGUGCGGCUGCCAAUGGACACAUCCUGAUGGUCCAGCUGCUCGUGAGGCAAGGGGCAGAUCCUGCUGCCGAGGAUGCCAACCAGUGGGCAGCCUUGCACUGGGCAGCCGUCAACAACCAGCUGCCCGUCAUGGACUUUCUGAUGUCCCAGGGCACCAGCCCAGAUCUCGGUAGCGAGGGGGGAGUCACGCCAUUACAUGUAGCAGCUGAGGCGGGACAAAUCGAAGCUCUGCGUCUCUUGCUCGCUGCGGGGGCUGAAGUGGAUGCUCAGGAUUCUUCGGGAAGGACGCCCCUUUCGAUUGCUUCUCGCAACGGCACUGUGGAGGUUGUGAAAUUGCUCCUCCAAGCCAAGGCAGACACGAACAUAACCGACCGCUACGGCUGCUCUGCUCUCCACAAAGCCGCAACUGCGGGACAUCUGCCCGUCGUCUGCCUCUUGGUAAAUGGAGGCACCGCUGGAGUUAACGGAAGGGAUGGCUUGAAUCUGACCCCGCUGCACCGAGCAGCCAGCAGCGGUCACGUCAGCGUCGCCGGCUGCCUCCUGGACCACGGAGCUGACGUCAACGCGGCCGGCUGGCUCGGCAAGACUCCGCUGCACCUUGCUGCAGAAAAAGGGCACUGCUCUUUGAUGGAGCUUUUAUUAGCCAAGGGAGCAGACCACACGCUGAGAUCGUGGUGGAAGGAAACAGCCAAAGCACUGGAAGCUGAGAGGCCUGGUUCUGGAGACGUCUCCAGCCAAGCCAUUUGUGGCCCCCCCCCUAGUCUCCUAAUCUUCGUGCCCCGUACUGCCUUCUGACUCUGGCCCCGGCUCAUCUGAUCCAGUGUUGAUGGAUCGUAUUUUAAAUGUAUUUAUAAUUUUGCAAUGUCUAGCUGUUCCGUUAUAAUAGCACCAAUACAGUGUUGUAAUUGCCGUA